AUGGCACAACUCAACCUCCAAAUCGAUGAAAUGGAUCCCGAGGUGAAAGAGGUUCACGGCCGCUAUUCUGACUUGAAAGCGUUCAAUGUCCUUCGGCGUUAUCUCGAUGCCGCUCAAGGAGAACUGUCUAUUGUGCAGGCCACCAAACUGAUACAUGAUAUGUUACCUGAUAUUGCAGAUAGAGACGCAGAGUUUCAACACAGUAUGUUUAGUCAUGUUGUCUUGGACGUGGCUCAGCAGAUCCCCUAUUCCCAUUCGGCCCAGAGUUACCUUGUACAGCUCUUGCAACGUCUACAAGCGUCCAGCAAACUAACUAGGCGGGUGAUUAAUGAAGAAGAGAGCAUUUUAGCGGAAUUCGAGCCAUCUACCUCUGAAGAGGAGCACUCUAUCAAUAAUAACGCUUUCCUAGCUCGUCUCUCAUCGGCUGGAUUGUUUCAUGAUCCUUCCUAUGCAAUCUGGACUCUGCGGUCGAACCUAGAGGAAUCUCAUUCCGAUGAAUCCUACAGUGGCCGUAUUAGCGGUGCGGCUGUAUGGAUUCUAUGUGCUGGGCAGUGGCUUUUUACUGAGAUUGUCGAAUGUCCUCGCCUAAUGACCCCUGAGGAUGAAACUUGCUGGGAUGUUGGAUCGCUUUACACUGGUCCAAUUCUUGGCCUAGUACGAUGGAAAUUCUGGCAUAAGGCCCUCGCUACCGCUAUAGAAAGUAGUCGAGCGAGCGACGAAUCCCGACGUCUUGCGCAGAAAGCAAUCGAUUUCAUGGACGCUAUCGAGCUGGCUAACAAAUGGUAG